UCUCCCGUGCACUUCACAGUGUUUAAUUUUAGACUCCCCAUGAGGCAGGAGCAAAGCAACUCCAGCUGAAGUCAGAAGCUUGCCAGUUUGCUCUGCCCCGUGUCAGUGUUCUGACAAACAUUUAGCAUCCUUUGACAGAAUUUGAGUUGAGAACCCAAACAUGUCAAACAGAGAAAAUGAGGAUCUCAAUGAAGAGGACAUUGAUGAGGAUGAACUCCUUGCUACGCUUUCACCUGAGGAGCUUAAGGAGCUCCAGAGUGAAAUGGAUAUUAUGAUCGCUCCAGAUGAUAGUGUUCCAGUUGGACAGAGGCAGAAGGACCAGACAGAAAAGCCUCCGACUGGAACGUUUGACCACAGAUCCCUGGUCGGCUACCUCUACUGGGAGAAGGAAUCCAAGCGUAUGCUUGAGGAAGAAAGAGUGCCUGCUACUCUGCUACCCAGUGAGAGAACAUUGAGGCAGGAGGCUGAAGACAAAGAAAAAGUCAACACUGUGGAAGAUGGGCAUGAUGAAGUACAUGAAGUGAUUGAGCAAGUAAUUGAGAACAAGGACAAAGAUGAUACAAGAGAAGGGGAAAUAACUGAAGAACUAAUUGAGGAAAUUGUCGAUGGGGUAAAAGAGAGCAAUGAAACAGACAAAGAGAUCCACGAGAAAGACAAAGAGCUUAAUCCAAUUACACAUGAAAAUACUGAGACGCAAUCUGAUAGCACAGAAACGGAAAAUGCAGGGCACCAAGACGGAACAACAGAAGUGAAAGAGGAAAGUAAAAUUACAGACACUUUGCCUCCUCUAGACUUACCGGAUGAUGCCAAGAAAAGUGAGCCCAAUGACAAACUCCAGGAGAAAGAGGAGAAAAAAAUCAAUAAAUUAAAAAUCCCCAAGCUGGCACUCAAUAAUAUCAAAAUGACAUCUCGACCUUCAGGAAAUGAGACAAAUUUGGAGUCGACACUUGACAAGAUCCGCAACAACAACUUUUCCGUCACUGAGGUAAACCUCAACAACAUAGAGAACAUUCCCAAAGAGAUGCUCCUGGACUAUGUCAAUGCCUUGAAGAAGAACAAACACGUGAAAACAUUUAGCAUCGCAAACACGGGUGUGGAUGAAAACAUCGCAUUCAACCUGGCCAACAUGUUACGUGAGAAUCGCAGCAUCACAACGCUGAACAUAGAGUCCAACUUCAUUACAGGAAAAGGAAUUGUUGCCAUCAUUCGAUGCCUACAAUUCAAUGAGACCCUCACUGAGCUGCGAUUUCACAACCAAAGACACAUGCUGGGUCACUAUGCCGAGAUGGAGAUCUCACGCCUGCUCAAGGCCAACAACACUCUCCUGAAAAUGGGAUACCAUUUUGAACAGCCAGGGCCAAGGAUGGUGGUGACCAAUCUGUUAACCAGGAAUCUGGACCAGCAGAGGCAACUAAGAAAGGAAGAGCAAAAGCAGCAGCAGCUGAAGGAGCAGAGGGAGGUGAUGCAGAUGUACGAGAGCAGUCUAAACCUACCUCCAGGUUUACUUGAGAUGCUGGGGUACAUACCGCCCCUGGAACUCCUGCAGAAACAUGGCCUUGUCACACCCCCAAAAGAACUGAAAAAGAUACCCCCAAAAGAAGAACAGGUAGAAAACGAAGAACCAGCAGAGCCCCCAAGGCAGAUCAAACACAACAGAAUUCCCAGACAACCCGGUGCUGAGCCCCAGAACUCAAUGAGGGACGUCCGGCUGAAGAAAACUCCUAAGAAACGCGACCCUUUUUUGGAGUUGGACCGCAGGGAUGCCAGUCGAAAAGAGAGAGCUGGUUUCCAACUGAGGAAGACUCCCAAAGUGAAGGAGUCAGUCACACAGGGCACAGCGGAUGAAAGAGCAAACCUGAAGGAUGUGAUAAAGACUUUGAAGCCGGUCCCUCGCAGGCGAGUGCCACCUAAGGUUGAUCCCACACCUCGUGACGAGCUCCUAAAUGAGAUCAAGAAGAGUAGCGUGGCCUAUCUUAAAUCUGUGCCGCUCCCUAAAGCCCUGGAAUCAAGUGAAACGAGUCUCAUCUGAGGCAGUGACUUAUCGUAAUGUGUUUGACACGUACUAUAUUUUGGAAAUGAACUGUACAGUGAGAAAGAACCACGUUCACACACAUAGCGGCUGGCUGUUUUCCACCACAAUCUUUCACAAAAGCCAAUAAUAUGCAGAAUGCUUUUUAGAUCAAAAUGCAACAAAGCUCUCAUUCACACCUGGAAAAAAAAGAGCAAAUGUACAUUUAUUCAGCGGGAAGCUCAACUGUUUUAUGCUUAUUUCCACACAUUGUGCUAAGAAGGCUUAUAUUUACUGAAUGCUGAAUUAUUUGUGGUUUGCAUUUGCCAAUUUAUAAACAACCUCACAGACCCAACUACUGCAUACAUUCAUAAAGUGAUAAGAAAAACAAUGCAUCAUUAAUUGGUUUAUACAGCCAUGUUUAAUAUUUGGCUCUGUGAUCACACCAUCACGGUUGCUGAAUGGAAAAAUGUGACAUGUAUGAUUGAGGACAACAUAACAUUGCACCCAUCCACUCCACCUCUCUGAACGGCCUUCAUGCACAAACUGUGCAGUCAAGGUGCAAAUAAGAAAAGCUUCAGGGAAGAUUUUCCAACAUGUCAGCAGUAUAAAAGGAACAUUUUGCUUUAUUAAAUAUGCAUCAUGAGUUGCCAAUCCAGUGCUGAUAAAGAUAUUUCAGUUAAAUGAAUAAUUGUAUGCAUCCUACAACCACUGUGUUCAUGACCUAUUAGAAAUAACACACGCAAACAGCAAACAUAUACGUACGAUAGUAGAAUAAAGCUGAAAGAGCCGUUCCUUUUCAAUUGCAUAGCAGCGAUCAGAGGAGAUACACUCAGGCUCAUCUAUGCUUUCAGCACAUGGUCACACUCUCUGAAAAAUUGUUCUAUUUAUAAUCAGGAUUACGAGUGAGAACACAUGUACACCAGACGCACAUUUGUGUUGGAUCCUUAAGUGACAAGAUGGAAUAAAUCAAUCUGGGUUUUGUACUGAUGGGUAAGAAAUAAAAAACUAGCAAUGAUUUUAACAAGGUAGAACAAUUAAAUCUAGGAUAAAAAAUACCCAGUUUGCGACCUUAAGAAGUGCAAUAUUAGCAAGGGGAUGUGUAUUUGUAAAACUUUUGACUUGGGAAUACUGAAACCUUUGCUGCUGCCAUUUGUCUUUCAACUGUGACUAUUGAAAGCUGUACACAUGUUAAGGAGUGUGUUCAUCUAUCUGUACUAAAAAACCAAAAGGGCAGACCGGAGGGCCACAAGUACAAAUGUGAUUCUACUCAUUGCAUGCGUGAUGAUGGAGCGGACAUCCCUUUCCUACAACCUUACUGCUUUAAUUUGCUUUCGAUAAAAUCCUGAAUUUUGUUCACUCUCUCCUCCUGCUGAUCCAAGAGAUCCAUGAUGAUGCCCAUAGGAGUCUUCUUCAUUCCAACACCUUCCAUCUUGUUCUCCAGUCUGUUCUUCAUGUUGCGCAGUCUCAGGGAGGCAUGGAUGAGGAUUACUAAACGGCAAUAGCGGGAAAUAAUCUUUUUUUCAAAACUUAAAAACUGAAGUAUAUUCAAAUAUUGAUAUUAGUUGCUGGAAAUAAAAAGUGACAGAGAGAGACACACACACACACACAUGCAGGUGUUAUUCUAUGAGGUGGAUCGCGAAGCCAUGACAUCAGUCAGUAAAUGCGGCUGUGUGCACAUCAAGAAACCAUAGCGAUCUGUAAACAUGGGGCAGUGAGCAGGCCGCCUGGGACGUGAUCAGACUGCCUGCAGCGACGUGUUAAAACUCAAAUGUUCGCUUUAACGAUCAAAUGUAGGAAGAGAACAGAGGGAAAACCUAACCUGGCCAUCUUUCAUAAGAGAAUACCAUUCUGUUCUAAUUGAGCAGUGAGUCAGAAUGGUUUGGAAACUUGUUCAGCUGCUGCAAAACCUCAGUUAUGAUUCCCUGUGUGAGUCAGAGAGACCUUCGAUGAGAAACACGAGUAUGCCAGUGUUGGCCAACUAAACAAACCCAAAAAAAUAAAUAAAUAAAUAAAAAAGAAAAUGCUUUUUGUUGAAAUUUAGGCAAACGUUUAGUCCAAAGAGAUUUGGUUGAGGAUGUACAAGUAUUGUCUCCACAUACUUAAAGCAGCAGUAAAUACUACCGUAUUUUCAUGACCAUAAGGCGCACUUAAAAGUCUUAAAUUUUCUCCAAAAUGGACAGGGCGCCUUAUAAUGCGGCGCGCCUUAUGUGUG